UUGCUUAUUUUUGUCCACAGCUAGUUCAGUAUUACAAGACAACUGUCAAAUGUAGAGUGAUAAUUUUUGUGAAGUGGUGAAUAAUGAUGUCGCAGAGAUUUAUAAUGUUGAAUAAUAAUUCGGAGUCGAGAGUUUAUUGCGGAUGAUUUUAUUUCAUGUAUAAUAUGCCAACAAAAACUCCCAAAAAAGUAGUUGGUAUGAUCAUAAGGAGCAGAAAACCAAUCCUCAAAGAUAGUGUUAUGACGAGCUCUGGAAUUGGUGAACCAAGUGUCUACCAUGCUCUUAUUGUCAUCUUCUUGGAAUUUUUUGCCUGGGGUCUCCUGACCAUGCCAAUUAUUGCUACUUUAAACGACACGUUCCCAGACCACACAUUCCUUAUGAAUGGGUUAAUUAUGGGCAUUAAGGGACUCUUGUCCUUCCUCAGUGCCCCUUUGAUCGGAGCACUGUCUGAUGUUUGGGGCCGCAAGUUCUUCUUACUCAUCACAGUUUUCUUCACAUGUGCACCUAUCCCACUAAUGACUAUAAACACAUGGUGGUUUUUUGCAAUGAUCAGUAUUUCGGGGGUGUUUGCUGUCACAUUCUCAGUAGUGUUUGCUUAUGUAGCAGACGUUACGGAGGAGCACGAGCGCAGUUUAGCAUAUGGUCUGGUGUCUGCAACGUUCGCAGCUAGUAUGGUGAUCAGCCCGGCACUGGGAGCGUACCUGAUGGAUGUGUACAGUGAGAGUGUUGUGGUGGCGUUAGCUACAGCAGUCGCGAUGCUGGACGUGUUCUUUAUUCUAGUAGCAGUUCCAGAGAGUCUUCCAGAGAAGGUUCGGCCAUCGUCAUGGGGUGCCCCCAUCUCUUGGGAACAGGCUGAUCCAUUUGCUGCCCUGCGCAAAGUGGGCAAGGAUCACACAAUUUUAAUGUUGUGUGUCACCGUCUUCUUGUCCUACUUGCCUGAGGCCGGCCAAUAUUCGUGUAUAUUUGUCUAUCUAAAACUGGUGAUGGGAUUCAGCGUUAUCAUGGUGGCAGUGUUUAUUGCGGUGGUCGGCAUUCUCUCUGUAUGCGCUCAAGUAGUGCUGGGCAUUCUGAUGCGCUCACUGGGCAGCAAACACACCAUCAUGGUGGGUCUGCUGUUUGAGAUGCUUCAACUCAUGUGGUAUGGGUUCGGUUCACAGACGUGGAUGAUGUGGGCAGCAGGGAUUCUUGCAUCAGUGUCCAGCAUCACAUAUCCAGCCAUCAGUGCAUUUGUUUCGAUGCAUUCUGAUGCUGAUAAACAAGGGUUGGUCCAAGGGAUGGUGACGGGGAUGCGAGGGCUUUGUAACGGCCUGGGCCCUGCCAUGUUUGGGAUCAUUUUCUAUCUGUUCCAUGUAGAUCUCAACGAUGAUCCAACUCAGAGCAGGGACCGUGGGGGGGACAACGGUACUAUGGGUCACCCUGACACCAUGCCUCAGCUAGUUCCUGGCCCUCCAUUCGUAUUUGGGGCAUUACUAGUAAUCUGUGCUCUUCUAGUCGCUGCUUUCAUUCCUGAAGGUGUGGGUGUGGGGUCGAGUCUCCGAACUACCUCCAGAAGACAAUCAGGUCUGUCCAUGGAGGUCCACUACGAGAUGGAACGGAGCAAGAAACAUGACGGAAUCAGUCCACUGUCACCUCUUGUGGACAACUCGGGCCUACUGUAACUGUAGUGUAAGAGAUAGUAUUACUUGUAAGAUACUUGCGGACCCACCGCUGCUGACCUGCAUACCAAAGCUUUAGUUUUAUUUCCUCUGCAAACGGUUGUGCGAGACUUAACAGUGUACAAAGUAGGCUAAGCUAUGAACUACGUCAUCAGUUUUAACUUAAUGAUAAGUUUAGCCGUUGUUAAAAGAGCUAAUAUAAUAUGUAAAUGACGAAAAUCCAAGAUACAUAAUUUUAUUGUUGAUAUUAUUGUUGAAUUUGUCGGUUUUGUAUUGGGUUUGUAUAGAUAAACAAUUAGCAAUGAUCUCCCUGUCACGCUAAUAGCUGUACUGUUAGUUACAUAAUGUAUCACUUGUACAUUUCCUAGUGUAAUUUUAAUUUUUUUGUAAAAUUGUAAGUAAUAAUAUUGACACAGCAAGUGGCUUCACUGGCAUUUAUAUAGGUGAAUGGGUUUAUCAAAAUCCCCAACAUGUGUGACAUUAGGAGGGCAUAACUUAAAGAGCACAUUUGUAUAAAUGACGAAACGUUUCAGUUUCAAACACCUCAUUUUGAAUUUGAUACAUUUAAGAAUAGAAAUAAGUUCAAUAUUUUAUGGACUAAGCUUGUAAAUUGAUAAUUUAUUAAGCAGUUCUACACUGCUGUGUUACUCAAAAGUAGCAAAGUUAAUUUCUAAGUUGAAUUCUUCUAGAAAAUAUUACUCUAGAGAUUAAUUUGUUUUCUUACAUUCUUAUUUCCAACAUUCAGUGCUUUUAAGUUAAAUUUAAGAUAAUUUUGAAAGUUUUUGCAUGAAACCAAUGAAAACAACAGAAACUAAUUAAUUAUAUUGGUAUUAAUGAAAUCAUAUACGGUCAACUAUGUCCGUUUAUUGUUGUUAAAAUUGUAUAGUUGAUUUAUAUAAUUCAUAUAAAAUUAUUUUUUCAUUUCUCACUCUCCAUUCUCAUAGGGCUGUUAGAUAUUGUAACGAAAAAUGUUCUUCAUGUUCUAUAACCAGUUUUUAAAGAUAUUUUUCUACAAUAUUAUACAAUUCUUAUUAUAUUAAGUUAUUUCACAUUUCUAUAAUAAAUUUUUAGAGUAUA